AUGGCUUCUAGUUUGUCCAGUUUUGAACAGUUCUGUGGGAAUUCUCCCUUGUGGAACCAAACACUUCUGCUAGAAGGUUCCUACCCACAGUUCACCGAAUGCUUCCGGCACGUGGCCCUGAUCUGGCUGCCAUGUCUGUUGUUUCUGAUCGCCUCCCCUUUGUACCUUGUCUAUGUUCUAGGGAGGAGACGGCGGGUUCCUCUGCCCGUGUCAUGUCUAAACUUGCUGAAAAUGAGCUUCUCCCUGGCUCUUUUGAUUGUAUCUCUGGUUCUGCUCAUCGCCAAGGCAACAGACAGUCUGCAGGAGGAAAUUCCCGAUGUCCUCUACGUCUCUGAGGGACUCAAAGUGGCUUGUUUCUUCUGGUCGCUGAUUCUCAUACAAAUAGAGCGAAGCAGAGGUGCUACAAUAUCCAUGCUUCAAUGGCCAUUCUACUUCCUCAUGGUGAUCGCCUCUAUUGUAAACUUUUACAGCUAUCUCGUGGAAGAGGUUCAAGACUCAGACUUGUUACGGUUCGUCUGCUUCUACAUUUAUUUUGGCUUUCUUGUUCUUCAACUUGUGGCGUUUUCCUUUGUGGAGAAGAGCAAGCAGGGAUACCAAGAUUUAUCACAGUCUGCCAACCCAAGCCCAGAGAUCACAGCCUCAAUCCCCAGCAGACUGACGUUCAUGUGGAUUGUGGGGCUUCUGGUGAAAGGGUUCAAGAAGACGAUAUCAGAAGAGGACGUGUUUGACCUACCACCAGCAGACGUCAGUGACGCCAGCGUUCCUUUGUUUGAAGAGGCCUACCAGAAGGAGAAGGAGCGGGCCGAUGCUUACAAUGAGAAGAUUAGACCAACAGUCGUGUCGUCCAUGUACAAGUCUCUUAGUCCAGACCAUCUAUCAUCAAACGAGAAAACACCCUUAAUCAGAGGAACCGAGAAGAACACCAAGGAGAUCGCAGCUCUCAAACAAGAGAACGGUCCUCGCGGGGCUGGACCUCCUGCAAGUGAGCAGGUUAAACCACCCAAGUCGCCAUUUAAAGAACCAUCGCUGUUCAAAGUUCUAUAUAACACUGCCGGCCCUCUGCUGUUGACUGCUCAGUUCAUGAAGACAUUGAUGGAUUUACUUACUUUCGCCACCCCGAAGAUUACCGAGGCUCUGCUGGGCUAUGUGGCUGCCCGAGAAACCGAACAGGUCUGGAAGGGAUACGUGCUGGCCGGUUCGUACUUCGUGGUUCAGCUGAUCGUGUCACUUGGAUCCAACCAAGCAUUGCUUCUGUCUAAACGUAUGGGGAUGCGCAUCAAAGCAGUUCUUAUCGCAGCGAUCUACAAGAAGUCACUGACCAUCACAAGCAGCGACACAUCCACAACUGCCGGCGAGAUCGUCAACUUGAUGUCCGUGGACUCCCAGAGAAUGGUGGACAUCUGUACCAACCUCUACCUGAUGUUCUCAAUGCCGUUCCAGGUAUCGUACAUUUACCUUUCUCAAUUGAACGUGGCCGUGUUUGCUGGGCUCGCUGUCAUGCUGAUGGCAGUGCCCGCCAACACCAUCAUUGGGGUCUUCCUGAAGAAGUACCAGAUCGAGCAGAUGAAGCUGAAGGAUCAGAGGAUGCGGGUCAUGUCUGAGGUUCUGGCAGGGAUGAAGGUGUUGAAGCUCUAUGCUUGGGAGGGUUCUUUCCAAGAAAAGAUUGAAGCAAUUCGGAAGAAGGAGCUUGACGUCAUCAAAAAAUUUUCAUACAUUAUUGGGGCAUUAAUAUUCAUGUUCAACACCAUGCCCUACUUGGUCCAGCUAACGGCGUUUGGAGUUUUCAUCGCUGUAUCAAAGGAUGGCUACUUGAACCCACAAGUCGCCUUUGUGUCCCUGCAACUGUUCAACUUGUUGAACAUCCCGCUGACUUCGCUGCCAUUGUUUAUACCCAUGGUGAUACAGGCCGGCGUUUCGAUCACCCGUAUAUCCGCCUACCUCAGCAGAGAAGACAUCCAACCUGAUGUAGUUACCAGAGAUCCCAAAGCAGAGAAUGCAGUCACUGUUUCCGAUGGCGAGUUUACCUGGGAUAAAGAGCAAGUUUUGCCAACCUUGAGAGACAUCAACCUGGUAGUGAAGCCAGGGAGUCUGGUGGCCGUGGUGGGCAGCGUAGGAUGUGGCAAGUCAUUGCUACUCUCUGCCAUCAUGGGAGAAAUGCACAAGCUCAGGGGCAGUGUUACAAUAAAUAACUCCUUGGCGUAUGUCCCUCAAGAAGCUUGGAUACAGAACGCAACUCUCAGAGACAACAUCCUGUUUGGUUCAGAGUUUCAUCGGAGGAAGUACGAUAAAGUCAUUGAAGCCUGUGCUCUCAAGUCUGAUCUAGAGAUCCUUCAAGGUGGAGACAGGACUGAGAUUGGAGAGAAGGGUAUCAACAUCUCCGGAGGACAAAAGCAAAGAGUCUCGUUGGCUCGAGCAGUCUACAGCAACAACAGCAUUUACCUGCUGGAUGACCCACUGAGCGCUGUCGACAGCCAUGUGGGAAAGCACAUCUUUCACGAAGUCAUCGGACCACAAGGAUUACUCAAAAACAAAACUCGGAUCUUGGUCACUCACGGCAUUCACUGGCUGCCCCUGGUGGAGACCGUGGUUGUAAUGAACAAUGGACGAAUCAGCGAAGUCGGCACCUAUGAUGAACUCGUCUCUAGAGAUGGACCAUUUGCCCAGUUCCUGAGAGAGCACAUCCAGGGAGAACUGGCUUCUGAAACAGAAAACGAAGCUGACCCAGAAGUGGAAGAACUCAAGAGAGCUAUCAUCCAGAGGUUGGAGUCUGUAACUGGGCCAGUGCUAGACGGCGCCUCAUCGGCUGAUGAAAGAAGGUCAAGCGUUGUGAGAAGCCGUAGAACAUCCAUGACAGCAAGUGCUAGGAUUGGCUCCUCUAUGACAAUGAGUGCUAGGAGCGGACAACAGAUCUCUGUGCUAGAGUCGAAACGGACACAGAGACGCAGCAGCAUCUGGUUGAGCUUGUGGACCGAUGAUUCGUUUCUUGCCAACGUCUCCAGGUCUGGGGAGGAGGAGUACCAGGACAAGACGGCGCUGUAUCUGGCCAUCUAUGGUGUCUGUGGAGUGGCUCAAGGUACUUUUGCAAUGCUGUACAACAUCCUCCGAUCCCCGAUGUCCUUCUUUGACACUACACCUGGAGGCCGCAUUGUCAACAGGUUUUCCAGGGACAUUGAAACAUUCGGUGGCAUCAUCCGAGUACUCAGUACAAUCAUCACCAUCUGCUAUGGAGUGCCUAUUUUCCUGAGUGUCAUGGUACCCGUUGCAAUCGUCUACGUGUUGAUCCAGAUGGUCUACAUAGCUACAUCUAGACAGUUGCGACGUAUUGAUUCCAUCACCCGAUCGCCCAUUUACGUCCACUUCUCGGAGACUCUUUCUGGGGCAGCUUCCAUCCGGGCUUAUGGGGCUCAGGAGAGGUUCAUAGCCGAGUCCAAGAGAAAAGUGGAUCAUAACUUCAAGUUUUAUUUCGCUGGUAUUGCCACCAACACAUGGCUGAGUUUCCUGCUUCAGUUCCUCGGUAACCUGAUAGUUCUGGCGGCAGCCAUCUUUGCCGUCAGCAGUACUAGCAUCGGUACGGGUGUUGUGGGACUUGCAGUCUCUUAUGCUACACAGAUGACCGGAGCAUUGGAAUGGCUGGUGAAUAUGAUGAGCGAGGUGGAGAUCAACAUUGUGUCUGUGGAGAGAAUCAAAGAGUACACAGAGACACAGCAAGAGGCUGCGUGGAUUCUUCCAGACCACAGACCGUCUAAAGCCUGGCCAGAACACGGGUUUGUGAAGUUUGACAGCUACCAGACACGGUAUCGACCUGGCCUUGACCUUGUGCUCAAGGAUGUAACCUGUGACAUCAAAGGUGGAGAAAAGAUUGGUAUAGUGGGUCGGACUGGAGCAGGCAAGUCUUCAAUGACCGUUGCCUUGUUCAGAAUCAUUGAAGCAGCUGGCGGUAAAAUAGUCAUCGAUGGAGAAGAUAUUGCUGCCAUGGGCUUGCACGAUCUCAGAAGCAAGCUAACUAUACUGCCUCAGGAGCCAGUCAUUUUCUCCGGAACUCUUCGAAUGAAUCUUGAUCCCUUUGACAGCCACAAUGAUGAGGAAAUCUGGGAUGCACUGGAACACGCCUACUUGAAGGACUUUGUGUCCGGCCUCUCCAUGGGCUUGGCCUAUCAAUGCGGGGAAGGAGGCAGCAAUCUGAGUGUUGGGCAGCGUCAGCUAGUUUGUCUGGCCCGAACCUUACUGCGCAAAACUAAAAUCCUAGUUCUGGACGAAGCCACGGCCGCUGUUGACUUUGAGACCGAUGAGCUCAUUCAGAAGACAAUUAGAACAGAGUUCAAGGACAGCACGGUGCUUACCAUCGCACACAGACUCAACACUAUCCUUGAUUAUGAUAG